AUGGACAAGGACAUCUUACCAGUGGAGGAUGCAUCAGAACUGCCUGAUUGGCGAUUGCCCCUCAGUUUUAUGAAGAGUCGUCACAUGGAGAGUAUUAAGGGACUCCCUUCAAUGGACGACAGCUGGAGAGUUAAAGAUAGACUAAAGACUUGGAGCGUGGCACUUGCAUUAUGUCUGAACAUAGGUGUUGAUCCUCCUGAUGUUGUUAAGACUAAUCCUUGUGCACGUAAAGAAUGUUGGAUUGAUCCUUUAUCAAUGAGCCCUCAAAAAGCUAUGGAACUGAUUGGUAACAAUCUUCAGAAACAAUAUGAAAGAUGGCAACCUAGAGCAAGAUAUAAACAGUUACUUGAUCCAACUACUGAUGAAGUUCGCAAACUGUGCAUUGCUCUCCGUAAAAUGCUAAGGUCAAAUGAAAGAGUAUUAUUUCAUUAUAAUGGCCAUGGAGUGCCUAGACCUACCACCAAUGGAGAGAUAUGGGUCUUUAACAAGAGUUAUACACAGUAUAUUCCAUUGUCUGUGUAUGAUUUGCAAGUCUGGAUGGGGAAACCCUCUGUAUAUGUAUUUGAUUGUUCUCAUGCUGGACAAAUUCUUGAGUCUUUUAAACUUUUUAGUAGAGAGAGGGAGAGUGAGUUCUUUUUAGAGGUAAACCCAAAUUCUACUAACCUCAGUAAUUUCUCAAUGAAUUGUUUUGGUCUACUCAAUGAGUCUAUACUCUUAGCAUCUUGUGGUGCUAAGGAACUUCUUCCUAUGAACCCACGUCUACCAGCUGACCUUUUCACCUCUUGUCUGACUGCUCCUAUCAAGACAGCUUUACACUGGUUUUGCUUACAAAAAAUUGGAAAAUUAAUUCAUGGUGUGACUGAAGAGAUGUUAGACAAGAUACCUGGCAAACUUAAUGAUCGUAAGACUCCACUUGGAGAGCUAAACUGGAUCUUUACAGCCAUUACUGAUACAAUAGCAUGGAACUCUCUAUCACACGAGUUGUUUCAGAAAUUAUUUCGUCAAGAUCUUUUAGUUGCAAGUUUAUUUCGAAACUUUCUUUUAGCUGAGAGGAUUAUGCGUUCCUAUAAUUGUACACCAGAGUCUCAUCCCUAUAUUCCUUCAACUUAUCAACACCCAUUAUGGCAAGCAUGGGAUCUGGCUGUUGAUCACAUUAUGUCACAAUUACCUCAUCUUAUUGAUGAUACUCAGGAAUAUGAGCCGAGCUCGUUCUUUCCUGAGCAGUUAAAUGCAUUUCAAAUUUGGUUACUUAGUUCACCUGACAUACGACAACCACCCACACAAUUACCAAUAAUAUUACAGUUUUUAUUGAGUCAAGCUCAUCGACUGCAAGCUCUCGAAUUACUCGGUCGUUACUUAGACAUGGGACCUGAAGCUGUAUAUGCUGCACUUUCUGUUGGCAUAUUUCCGUAUGUUUUAAAACUCUUAGCUAGCAAAUUACGUGAGCUCCAACCUAUUCUAGUAUUUAUAUGGGCUAAAAUCUUAGCUGUGGAUAAAGGUUGUCAGUCAGAUCUUGUUAAAGAUGGUGGCUACAAGUAUUUUAUUUCUGUAUUAGCAGAUACUACCAUUCAAUAUGAAUAUCGUACAAUGGCAGCAUUUAUAUUAUCAUCUAUUGCUAGUAAUUAUCUCAAAGGACAGGAGGCGUGUCUUCAAAAUAAUGUCAUAUCAAUCUGUUUGUCUCAACUUGAGGAGCCUAAUGCUGUUUUAAAGCAAUGGCUAGCAAUAUGUUUAGGAAGAUUAUGGCAAAAAUACGAUGCUGCUAAAUGGUGUGGAGUUAGAGAUAGCGCUCAUGAAGAAUUAACACCAUUACUAUGGGAUGAAGUACCUGAGGUACGAGCAGCAGCAGUCUUUGCAUUGGGGAUGUAUAUGUUUAAUUCCUCAUCAGAUGGUCGCCAAAGUAACCAUGCUACCAGUAUAGAUCAUGCUGUUGGUAUGGCAUUGUUUCCAUUAGUAUCAGAUGGCAGUCCACUAGUCAGAAUGGAGCUGGUAACCUCAUUACAUGGUUUAAUUUUACAAUACGAAAGAGAAUUUCAAAUAGCAGCUCUUCGUUGUUCUGAUACUGAGAAAAUGAUUCCUUCAAAUUUAAGUACUUCCUUGACUCCAGGUGGUUGGAUCAAUGUCUUUAUUGAUCCCUCCUCUGAAGAAGGAGACAGAAAACAACCAGAGGAUUGUGAUCGAUUUAGUGAGAGUUAUUUGCAAAGAGAGUUUCGUUUUCUUCGCAACCACACGAUGAGAGCAGAAAGCUGUCAAAUUAGUGAUAAACUAGAAAGAUCAAAGUUUAAUGAUCAAAUAUUUGUUAACAAAGAAAAAACACCACAAGAAUUAAAAUUUCAUCCUUAUAUUCCACAGUUGGCUGUACUUCAUAAAACAUCAUGGAGUAUAUGGGACGUUGAACAAGGCGUUAAAUUAUGUACACAUUCAAAUAACAACUCACAUAGUAGAAUAACAGCUGCUGAAUUUAUCAAUCCACAUGAUAUCUCAUUCUUGCUAACUGGAACAGAUGAUGGUUGUGUCAGAGUAUGGCGAGAAUAUUCAAAUUUUGAUCCUCCUGCUCUUGUAACAAGUUGGAGAGCAUUAAAUGACAUUGAACAUGGGUCAAAAAAUGUUGGUAUGGUGAUUGAGUGGGAGCAGCCAACUGGAUUAUUAUAUGCUACUGGUGAUGUCCGCUAUAUUAGAGUGUGGGACACUCAUAAAGAGUUAAAAAUACAAGAUAUUGUUACUGGAGCUGAAAGUUGUGUAACAAGUUUAUCAUUGGACCACUGUGAACGUUCUCUGAUUGUAGCUGGUUGUGGUGAUGGCACAGUACGACUUUAUGACAGAAGACUUCCAUCAUCAAACAGUCUUGUACAAGUAUUAAGAGAACAUGAUAGUUGGGUCCUUAAUGUCCAUAUUGAACAGCCAGUCAAUAACAUUAUUUCUAUGAGUUAUGGAUGGCUGCUGGAGGGACAGAUGGAUUGA